AGCCUGGGAGAUGGCGGAGUGGAAGGAAGAGGUGGAGGUGCUGGUACAGCGGGUGGUAAAGGACAUCACUGGCGCUUUCCGCAGGAACCCCAACAUAGAUGAAAUUGGAUUAAUACCAUGCCCUGAAGCAAGGUAUAACCGAAGUCCUAUAGUUUUGGUAGAAAAUAAGUUGGGUGUGGAGAGCUGGUGUGUCAAGUUCCUGCUUCCGUACGUGCACAACAAACUCCUGCUUCACCAGCAGAAAAAGAUAUGGCUUAACAGAGAUGAGCUGAUUGAUGUGACCUGUACACUUCUGUUAUUGAAUCCAGAUGUCACCACCGCAUGGAAUGUGAGGAAGGAGUUAAUACAAUCUGGUAUUUUGAAUCCAGUUAAAGAUUUACAUCUUGGAAAAUUGGCAUUGACAAAGUUCCCAAAAAGCCCUGAGACAUGGAUUCACAGGCGUUGGGUGUUACAGCACCUGCAGCAGGGUUAUACUACAGCUACUGUGCAAAGUAAGGAUGGAAUUUUUCAAGCACCAAUGGACUGUAUCCAUGAAAUUGUGCAAGAGGAAAUGCAUGUAUGCUGUGAAGCUGCAGGCCGGUACCCCAGCAAUUACAAUUCUUGGUCCCAUCGUAUCUGGGUUAUUCAACACCUUGGAAAGCUGACUGUGAAACUUCUAGUUGAUGAGCUAUCUUCUACAAAACAUUGGGUGUCAAUGCACGUAUCUGAUCACAGUGGAUUCCAUUAUCGCCAGUUCUUGCUGAGAUCUUUGCAGAGUAAAACACUAUUAGACUGUGAGCAUUCUACCGCAGCUGCAAACCAUUUUGAAAAGGAACAAAAUCCAUGUCUUCCAAAAGAAGAAGUUGGCAAGUGGGAGCCUCUGAGAUUUGAUCUUCCCUCUCUGAUUGAAGAAGAAUUGGAGCUUAAUAAAGAUUUAAUGGAGUCCUACCCUGGACAUGAAACACUUUGGUGUCACAGGCGCCAGAUUUUCAGCUUGAUUCAUCAAAUGCACAGCGAACAGUCUCAUUCAUCAUCUCCACAAGUGACAAAUGUGGACAGUGGCGAUAACUCAAGAAGUGAUUCACAUACUACCACUUGCUUCCUGAGCUGUACAGCCAACAGCAUGGAUGUAGAUGGAGUGACUGAUCCUAGCAAGCACUGCUACACUCAAGAAACAAAACGCCUAAAGCGGGCUCCUGUGCAAGACUCUAUAAGCUAUGACUCGGAGCUUAGGUUCAUUAAUUGCGUUUUAUCUAGCUCCCAGAAUGCUGUGCAAUCUAGGUUUGCUGCUUCAUACAGAAAAUGGCUGCUAUCUUUAUUAGGUCACUGACGACGUAAAAAAAUUGAUUUAAUUAUAGUGCAAUAUUCUCGUUUUUUUUGUAACGACAUGCCAUUGUUACAAAUGUAGUAAGCUAUAGGCCCUUCAAAAUUUCUAACCUACAUGGAAGUUUGUUUGGAGGUUGUUUUAUUUAUUAUCUAUUGGUUUCAUCUCAACAAGGAUUUUCCAGAGUUAAAUGAAAAAUCAAGACCAUUCUCAAUUAAACAUGUUAAUUCUAUUCUUA